UGUUUUAAAUCUUUGGUAUUUACCCGAAAGUAAUUAACCCAUUGAGGGAGGAGGCUUUGACCUUUUAAACACCGUGUAUGAGCAGUAGCAGAGAGAGAGAGAUGAAGGGCUUAGGAGUAACAACAGCCAUGGUGGCAGUCCAGUUCCUUGAGGUGGGCUUGAACACCAUGCUAAAGGCAGCCAUGAGUAAAGGGAUGAGUAACUUUGUUUUUGUGGUUUACUCAAAUGGCCUUGCCAUCUUCGUUCUUCUUCUAGCUUCCUUCAUCUUUUACAGAAAAAGAAGUCUUCCUCCACUGACAGUGUCAUUAGUCUGUAGAAUCUUUCUUCUUGGCCUGCUAAGUUGCUGUGUGCAGAGCUUCAUGUUUACUGGGAUAGGGUACAGCUCUCCAACUUUGGCCUCAGCUAUGGUUGAUCUGACUCCAGCUUUUACUUUCAUACUUGCCAUCAUCUCCAGGAUGGAAAAGCUGGACUUGAGAACCCAAAGCAGUCUCGCUAAGUGUAUUGGCACCAUGGUAUCCAUCAUAGGUGCAUUAUUUGUGACUUUGUACAAAGGCCUGCCUAUCAUAAAUGCUUUAUCAUCCAAUGGUCAACCCAAUGAGGUUCCUCUGUUACUGCAAUCAAAUUGGGUUCUUGGAGGCUUUCUCCUUGCCAUUGGUAGCUUAUGUCUUUCAAUAUUGUUUAUUGUCCAGACCUGGAUUAUUAGAGAGUAUCCUGCAGAGUUGAUUGUAACACUUAUUGCUUGCAUUUUUACGACCGUCCAAUCUGCCUUGGUGGCUCUAGUUGCAGAGAAAGACCCAAAAGUUUGGAGACUAAGGUCUAAUAUGGAGUUGAUAGCUAUAGGCUAUUCGGCUGUUUUUGUGGUAGCUGCACGAAGUGUUGUUGCUACAUGGGCAUGUCGCAAGAAGGGUCCUGUCUUUGUUGCAUUAUUUAGCCCUCUAGGGAUGGUCAUUGCACUUGUAAUGGGUGUUACUUUUCUCGGGGAUACUCUCUAUCUUGGAAGUUUGAUAGGAGCAACUGUAAUAGCUCUUGGGUUUUAUGCUGUGAUAUGGGGGCAAGCACAAGAAGAGAAGACCAUUGAAAACAGAGGAAUUUGUAGCUUUGAGGCAUCUUCUGCUAAAGUACCUCUUUUGGAAAACAAAGGCUUGGAUAUCUAGGACACUUGCACAAGAAAUUAAAAACCAGCUAUAGCUUUGGUUUUAUGUUUUUUCACUAAAGUUGUUGAAAUGUGGUGAAAGAUACAUUCAACAACCGUGUGUGUGUGUAUAUAUAUAUAUAUAUAUUAAUCUAUAAUGGAAAGUUUAAAACGAAAUUUGAUGAAUUUCUUAAAA